GAUGAUAUACAGCGAUUUUUUCAUUUGCGUUCGUGCCUAAAAGAUGAGGCGGCACAAGUUAUAAUGUAUAUAGAAACGACAGCCGCAAAUUAUAACGUAGCGUGGAAUAGCGUGGUGUCUCGAUAUAAUAAUAAAAAGGUGUUAGUGCAGUCACACACGAAAGAGUUGUUCGAUAUUCCGGCGAUAAACGAGGAAGCUGUACAAUUAAGAAAAUUAGUAGAUCAAUUAAAUGGUCAUAUAAACGCGUUGGAAGCACUAGGAGAGAAACCUAGAGAGUGGGGCUCAAUAUUACUGCACCUUAUCGCAACUAAAUUAGAUUCCAGUACACUCAAAGCGUGGGAAACGGUAUCUCCUAAAAAUGAAAUACCCAAAGUACAAGUGUUACUUGAAUUUUUAGAAAAGAGAUUUAAAGUAAUUGAAGCAGUGGAGACCUCGUCAAGUAUAAAUGUCCGUAAUGACGAAAAAAUAAAAUAUAAUAUGAUUAACAGUAAAAAAACCAAAAAUAACCACAAAUCAAUCGCGUUUCCAACAUAUGGUGGUGUGAAAUGUUAUAAUUGCCAAUUAGCGCACUCGAUAUAUAAAUGCCCAUCUUUUCUUGCUUUACCGGUUCCCGAUCGAAUAAAAAGGGUGGGUGAACUUCAAUUAUGCAAGAUAUGUAUUCGGUCUCAUAUCGGAAAGAAAUGUGAUGGAAAAAAAUGUUUUCAAUGUCAUAAGGCGCAUAACACAUUAUUACAUUUAAAAAUAAAUAAUAAGACGGAGAGUAAUUCUUCAGAGCAAUUUAAAGAUAAUACCGAAGAAAUACCCACGACAAGCAAUUUGAGUAUAUCGGCACACGCAUCAGCGAUAAGCUAUAGACAAGUGCUCCUAUCAACCGCAGUAAUUAACGUAUUUAAUAAUGAUGGCAAACCGGUAAGGUGCAGAGUUUUAUUGGACUCCGGUUCACAAAAUAAUUUUAUCACAGAGCAUAUGGCGCAAAUGUUAAGAUUGCGACGUAAAAAAGUUACUUAUGAUGUAGCUGGAAUCGGGCACGCAUUACAUACCAUAGGAUCCGAGAUUACGGUAACGGUGAGUUCCUGUAUAACGGAUUUCAAAGCAAAUAUAUCAUGUUUAAUAAUACCUUGUAUAACAAAAAAUAUUCCGAUAAGCACGGUAAAUACGGAGACCAUAAAUAUACCAAAUAAUAUUGUACUAGCCGAUAAAUCAUACAAUAGACCACAACGCAUAGAUAUGUUGAUGGGUAUUGAAUUAUUUUUCGAUUUAUUAGAUCAAGGUCAAAUUAAAUUAAAUGAAAAUGGCCCUAUAUUGAAAGAAACAAAGUUUGGUUGGAUUGUGGCAGGUCCAAUUUCUAAUAAUAAAUCGAAUUUAAAAGAGACACAAAAUAUUUGUUUAAGUACGUAUCAAGUAGAUGAUAAUUUAGAUGAAAAGAUUGCGAAGUUUUGGAGAUUGGAAAAUAUAGAUAAAAAUACUCAUUAUACAUUGGAAGAAAAGGCUUGUUACGAUCAUUUUACUAAAACAGUACGCCGCGACGAUACGGGCAAAUUUGUCGUACGGUUGCCGUUCCGGGAAGACAUUAGCAAAUUGGGUAAUUCUUAUAAAAACGCGUACAGACGAUUUCUGUCUACAGAAAAACGAUUAGAACUAAAUAAAAAGUUAGAUAAGGAUUAUCAGCAAUUCAUGUAUGAUUACCUAUAUCUUGGUCACAUGGAACCGCUGCGCGGCGCGGGGGAAGGGUCGGUCAAUGAACCAGGCUAUUUUCUACCGCAUCACGCUGUAGUAAACGAUAACAGUAGCACCACUCGUCUGCGCGUAGUAUUCGACGGUUCUAGUAAAACCGAUACAGGGAUAAGCUUAAACAAUGUCCUGUUAAAAGGACCAACAAUACAAGACGAUUUAUUAAAUAUUUUGGCUAGGUUUCGUACACACAAAUACGCUAUAUCCGCAGACAUAUCGAAGAUGUACCGUCAAAUUUGGAUUGCACCGGAGCAUCGGAAAUAUCAAAAAAUAUUUUGGCGUGAAAAUAAGGAACAGCCUAUGCAAAUAUUUCAAUUAAAUACGGUCACUUAUGGUAUUGUCUCGGCAUCGUUCUUAGCUACCGCGUGCUUGUAUAAACUAGCGGAGGACGAGCAUAGUAAUUUUCCAAAAGCGUGUAAUACAAUAAAAAAUGACUUUUACAUGGAUGAUUAUUUAGGGGGUGCAAAUACGAAAGAGAUGGCCAUACAAUUACGUAAUGAUUUGCGAACAGUGUUACAAUCCGGUGGCUUUAACUUACGAAAAUGGUCUGCCAAUGAUCCGGAGUUAUUAAAAAAUUUAAAUACGGAAAAUAGUGAUUCUAUGUUGGUACUCGAAUUAGAAAACGAAAUGGCGAAAGUUCUCGGGGUACUGUGGCAUCCUAGGAAAGAUAUAUUUCAAUAUAAAGUACAGGAUACAAGUUCGGAAAUUCAAUCGACAACAAAGAGAAGCAUAUUAGCGCAAAUAGCUUCAUUGUUCGACCCACUCGGUUUAGUGGGACCUAUAAUUAUAAAGGCAAAAAUUUUAACGCAAGCAAUGUUAGCAAACAGUCGAUUAAAGUACUGGAUAAUUGGAGGCAGAAAUAUUGCUAGACAUAUAUUUCACCAGUGUGUAAAGUGUUUUCGACUUCGACCAACAGUAGUUGAACCAAUAAUGGCGGAUUUACCAUCGGAACGACUGGAGCCAAAUCGACCGUUUAAAAAAUGCGGGGUUGACUAUGCCGGUCCUAUUACCAUAAAAACAAGUUUACGAAGAAAUGCUACAACAAUAAAAGGGUAUAUCUGUGUGUUUGUAUGUUUUAGCACUCGGGCAGUCCAUAUUGAAUUAGUUGCUGAUCUAACUGCUGAAGCAUUUCUAAAUGCUUUAAAACGCUUUAUUGGACGCCGCGGUGUAUGCUCCGAUAUAUUUAGUGAUAAUGCUACUAAUUUUGUGGGAGCUAAUAAUAAAUUGUUAGAGCUAAAAAAAAUAUUUCAUAAUGAAGAGCAUUUAACUAAAAUAUACGAUGCUUUAUCGUCUGAGGGCAUAAGGUGGCAUUUCAUACCCCCUCGAUCCCCUCAUUUUGGCGGAUUGUGGGAGGCUUCCAUUAAAUCUAUAAAAAAUCAUUUAUACCGAGUUUUAGGUACGGCUAAUCUGACAUAUGAUGAACUGAACACCAUCUUAAUUAAAAUAGAGGCAGUCCUUAAUUCCAGACCUUUAACCCCAUGUUCCUCCGAUCCUACUGAUACGACACCAUUAACACCAGCUCAUUUUUUAAUUGGUGAACCUACCUGUUCAUUACCGGAGCCAGAUUUAACUGGUAUACCAGAAAAUCGAUUAAAACGUUGGCAGCGGGUAACGCAAUUGACUCAAAUAUUAUGGAAGCGCUGGAGUAAAGAAUAUUUAUCGCAACUUCAAACGAGGCAAAAGUGGUUAGCAAAUAGGGGCCCUAAGCUCAAGAUCGGUACUAUAGUAUUAGUGAAAGAAGACGACGUGCCCCCGAUGUCUUGGUCAAUGGGUCGAGUUGUUCGUGUCCAAGCUGGUGACGACGGUGUCAUCCGAGUGGCGACUAUAUUAUCAAAAGGAAAAGAAAUAUCCAGAGCUGUCCGUAAACUUUGUCCUCUUCCUUUUGAGGAUAAUAGUUCGUAAAAUAUUUUUUUUUAUUCUAUGAUAUCUUAUUGAUAUUUAAAUAUGGCAUGUAU